AUUUGGUCUGUAUUUACAAUGUGCCAUCAGAUUGUGCUUUUUUACAUUCCAUAUUUACAUUGGAACCGUCCUACCUAGUGUGUUUCAAAAUUUGAUGUUAUAUGUCUCUAUUUUGGUCAGCCUUGGCCUUCUAACAUUGAGGGAGGCAUUCAAUUCAGUUGUCUACUCAAAUACCAGGAAGCAGCUCCUCAUCCAUUUCACUAUUGAUUGAGCUGAUUUAGUAAAUGUCCAUGUUAAACCAUGUUAACAUUGAUCGAAAGCAUGGUGGGAAAUGAGAAAGGAAGAGCUUCUGAUGACAGUAGAACAUUUCAUUAAAGUUCUCUUGAGGAAGGCAGAAGUACUCAUCUGUUUAUGCAUGCAAGUGCGCAUCUGUCGUUUUUUUUAUGCAUUCAAUGGCUUUGAAAAGAUUUCUUAGAACAUGAAACCGAAAAAGACAAUUAUCCAGAAAUCAUUGGUCAGCCUAUACAUAUACAUUAAGGAGUUACAACAUACGCUGCAGAAUAUCUUGGUUUAAAAUUCAAAUAUUGUCCAAAGAUUCCAGUAUCUUCAGGAGGGCUGAUGCUUUCUGCUCUAAUGAUUAGGUCUACAAAGUCCUUAAUCUAGUUCUCUUUAUUAAACAUAUUGGUGCAUAUCUUCCAGUUCACUGCAAUUAUAAUGUCCCUGUAAUAAAACAUUAGUAAAAAGCAAUAGCCUACAAGUACCUAUCUCAAAUAAAUGUAUGUAUCAUACAAAUACAAUAACCUACGAGUAUACAUAAAAUGGGUUAGUAGGAUUAAGAAUAUUCCAUUCACAUAAUUCCAGAGGGCAAAGAUUAAGAAGAUGAGACAUGAGUGGGACUUCUAUUUAAAUAUGAACAUUUUCAUUGAUGGCACCUCAAUGGUGUAAACCUUUCAGUACACUUAUUUUGAUGUUAAAUUCAGGAAUACUAUUAUUUUGCGUCUCAAAAUAAAUGACUAAUAUUCAUAACUUUGUAAAACAUAAUUUUGAUUCGAUAUGCAACAGUCUUUUAAAAAGUAUAUUUUAACCAUGGUAAAGUAUAUCCAAGAGUGGAAAACGUCAGUGAGGCAGGAGCUUUGAAGCCGAUGCCUGUUUGUUUUACGUGGGCUUGACUGCUGUUUUUUAUGAUUAUUAUACAUAAUGUGGUGUGUUUGUAUGUGAACGGAUGGUUUCCUGGCAUAGACGCAGGAAGUGUGUGUGUGGGGGGGGGGACCCUGUGCUCUGAGCUGAUAAAACAAAACUGAUUCAACAUACCAAAAUCUUUUCUGUGCUCAUCCACACCCUAUUAUGGUUGGCAAAACUUCACGCAGACCAGUGGAAAUCUGUCAAUCUGUUGAAACUAUAAACAACUUUAAAUUAACUAAUGAACAGAAUUUAUUUUCUUUCAAUUCUGAGCCAUAACUUUUCUCUUAAGGAUGUUCCAAAUGCUAGAAGCAUUUCUUUUUUUUUUUAUUACCUAAUAUGUAAAAGUGAUAGCCAAAUAAUAACUAUAUAGCAAGAAAAUGACACAUUUUUUGGACGGUUUAUAAUAUGAUUGUCAUCGUCAAUGGUGGCUAGGAAAAGGAGGUUUGGAUAAAUGGAGGCCUAGGCAGGGGGCUGUCUAGGCCUCAGGUGGCUCCAGACUAGAGCUCAACAAAGAGGCUAAGAGCUCUAAUGUUAUCAAUUUCCUGACACCAUUACAAUUACAAGCAUUAGCUGUUGCUCGUAUCUUUUGUUAUUUAUUUGAUUUUUGCCCAUAACACUGGUUAAGCAUUGAGGUACAUUUUUGUUAUUAUUACCAAAGGUACAACCACAAAUUGAAACAUUAAAAGCAUCGAUAUUUUCUUUAGAUUUUAUUAUAUAGCCUACGUCAACUUUUUCAAGUUUCAAGAUUUGACGUAGGCCUAUUCAUGUGUCAUACAAUUGCAGGUUAACGUUAAAAUACAAGAGCGAAAUCCUGGUGCAUGCAAUGCGAUGCUAUGUCACUCAGAUCACCUUCAGCCUCCUCACCAGGAUGAGUGCAGUGUCCUCUAUCUUGCAGCACCAAUGUGUGCAGUGUGCCAGUAAAGUAUCUGGGCAGCUUGUACAGUCAGACCAUGGACUCACCAGCGGUGAACUCCCUCUGUGUAGGGGCCGGGCCUCGUGUGGGAGCCUCCGCUAUGCAGAGAAGGGGCGGGGCCUGGACUCAUUUUAACGACUUCAGCUCCUCGCGAGCAAUGCGGUGUCAACGUUCUCGCUAUUCUGCCUCUUUUCGCCUCGGUUAUUCUGGGCUCUUUAGCGGCUCAACGCUAUCGUAUAUGUGUCGCUAGGAACUUGUGUGAUAAUAUUUUGAAAGAGGGAAUCGUAUUUCGGGAUAAAAAAAAAACUGCGUGUUUUUAUGAUGAAAUCACGUCGACCCAUUGAGGUAUUUUGCCCAUCUUUGUCAGACCUCGUCUUGGCGUCGUUUUCUUCUCGUUAGCUGCUCGUUCGGGCCGCCGUCUACAGCUACAGAGAGAGCUAGCUGCUGCUGCUAUAAUGUGGGGUAGGAGUGACUUUGAAGAUGGAUAUGAAUCUUAUAAAACAGGCUCUAGUUGCACCAGCAAUCCAGGAUGGGUGUCUCGCUGCGAGUCAGGGUGGCAAGGCAACCCCUCUGCUCCCAGCAACGGUAACCAAGCGCGACGCCACAGCACAGCAUCCGACAGCGGAGACACGGGCAUCGGCACCUCGUGCUCAGACAGUGUGGAAGACCAUUCCAGCUCCAGCACCACUCCGUUGUCCUUCCACCCACUAGUCCACCAUCGCUCUGCCCCAGGAGGGAGUUCCAGUGGUACCCUUCCCACAGCACACGUCCUCCCCUCACCCUCCCCAUCCUCCUCGGGUUCGGCCAAGCUCAGCGUGGCGACCUCACCCGGUGGCGCCAGUCCCUGGAGCAGCCUCUGUCAGCUGUCGACGCCAGCCGCCUCCUCUCGGUCAGACCUGCCGGGGUCACUGGACAUGAAGGACCCCCAGCCCAUCAGGAGGUGGUCGUCUCUGACCCGGCUCUCGGCGGGGACCGAGAGAAGCGCCGGCAAGGGCUUGGGCAGCCGCUGCAAACCGGAUCCCCACGGGUCUCUGGACAGAAAACUCCUACACGGGUACCGGCACGACUCUAUCGGUCAAGCGAACAUGGACGCGUAUCUCUCUACGUCGUCUCACUUCAACCCCCUGCUGCGCUCGCCCGGUGCCGCCGACCCACACUUGUGGUACGACCGUGGCGGGAGACCCAGCGGCGUCGGACAAGGAACGGAAUCGUCUCGCUCGUCCGCCCUGUCGUCUCCCCUCAAGCCCCGGAGCCUCGACCUGAACUACAGUGCCUUACCUGAGAGCAGGCUGGGGCCAGGUGGUCCUGGCCACGGCUUCACCAAUCAGAGAGGCCUGUCCUUUGCCCAGCCGGCGGUGGGCGGCUCUCCCAUUCAGCCAGCCAUCAGAACUCAGAUGUGGCUGAGUGAGCAGAUGGAGUACAGGCCCGGCUCAGAGUUGGGCAAGGUUGGACCAGAGGUGGAAGGCGGAGCAGAGAGCAGUUUGCUAUUGGCAUGGCAACAAGAGCACCAGCACAGAGAGAGACUACGGCAGGAGGGCGAAUUGAACCAGAUGCUGUCGGGGACAUCGCUACCUGUCAACACUCUUGUGAAGAUUAAAGAGGGACUGCUAAGACAAAGGGAACUGGAGAUUGAUCGACAAAAGCAACAGAUCUUUCAACUUCAUGCUAGAAUCAGAGAAAAUGAGCUCAGAGCACAGCAGUUCCUUCACAACCAGAGGGAUCCGUCCGAUCAGCCCUACAUCCUCAAACCUAAGGAUCCUCUGCAUGAUUCAGUAUCAGUGAGCUUGAGUGGACCCCCGUCUGAAAGCCAGUGUUGCAACAGAGGAGAGCUGGGCAGGAAGCUGGCUGAUGCCCAACUCGAGGUCCUCCACCUCAACGAGUUCCUCAAGCAGAACACACAGAAAUACACGGAGGACAUCAAGAAACUGGAGGAGAAGAUGAAGACGAGGGAUCGCUACAUCAGCAGUCUGAAGAAGAAAUGCCAAAGGGAGACGGAGCAGAACAAGGAGAAGCAGCAACGCAUAGAGACCCUGGAGAAGUACCUGGCCGACCUGCCGUCCCUGGACCAGGCGCAGUCCCAGACGCUGCAGCUUGAAGAGGCGCAGAGAAAGGCUGAGGUUCUGGAAGAGACAGUGUCUCAGCUGGAGGAGAAUCUGGUGCAGGACGGGGCUCUGUUGAAACACAAGGACAGUGUGAUUCAGGCCCAGUCCCUCAAGGAGAAGGAGCUGAUGGCCGCUGUACACAGCUUGCAGCAGAAGGUGGAGCACUGUUUGAAGGACGGCGUGCGACUCCCUAUGUUGGACCUGAAGCACUUGGAGGUGGAGAACACCCAGCUGCUCAAGCAGCAGGAGCAGAGCAGCAAGCUGAUUGACCAGCAAAAGAAGCAGAUAGAGGGACUAUCUGUACAACUGACGAACCAAAGGCCCUCAGAGGACGGGGGGCCGGGGCGUCCGGCGGCGCCGGUCCACAUGCAGGACAUCAACCUGCUGCUGAAGGAGAUGUCCCUCUGCCUGCUGGACCUCAAGGCCCUCUGCAGCGUCCUGACCCAGAGGGCCCGGGGCCAGGAGCCCAACCUAGCCCUGCUGCUCGGGAUCAAAUCCAUGGGCUUCUCCGGGGAGGAGAACGAGGGCAGUGACGUGACGGAGGAGGACAACGUGCUGAGGGCCAAGGUGCAGGAGGUGAGCCAGCUGAGGAGCAACAUCGACGAGCUGCGGAGGACCGUCUCGGACCGCUACGCCCAGGACAUGGGAGAGAACUGUAUCACGCAGUGACCCGGCCCCGGGGCGGCCAGCCCCUUCUCCACACCGUUCUUUCCCUCCUUUUCCAACACGCCAGCAGAGGGAGCCACGCUUUCCUGAACCGAUCUGUUUUUCACAAUAUUUUUAGAAUAAUUCUUAUUAUUCUUAUUCU